GUUGCUGCUUGCCAUUAAUGUUUUAAAAGCCUAAUAUGAACGAAUCAACUCAAUCUUUGGACAAGUUGUUUCCUCAACUCGCCAAUAUGACCGAAACAGACAGAAUACUUAAACUGGCACGCCAUAUGCCUUGCGAUCAAUGUGAAGACUGUCAAGGUUGGAGACCCAGCUUUUCAUUGGAUUAUUCACAAGCAUGUCUGUGUGGACACGAUGCCGAUCAGCAUGUAGGACAACAGCAGGACUUUACACGUAGGCUCAAAGUAGCCCUACGUAUUGAUGAAAUAUUAGAAGAAAAGGGCAAGAUUGACGAUUACGACUAUACAGACCAAGAUGUUGAAUCCUUAAAAAAGCAAAUUAUUUAUAAUGCAAAUCGAGCGCAAUUGAAUGAUUUUAUGUCUGAAGCAUCUUCUCCUUUUUCUAUGCAUGGUGAAGAAUGCACACCCAAUAAACGUACAAGGAAAAAUGAGGAAGAAGAUGAUGAUGAAGAGCAAGAUAGUAUAAAACGACUAAAGAUUGGUGAAGAGAGUGAGGAUGAAAAAACAAGUCAUGUAGAUGAAGAAGAGGAGGAAGAGGAAGAAGAGGAGGAGGAGGAAGAGGAAGAAGAAGAGGAGGAAGAAGAAGAAGAAGAAAAGGAGGAAGAAGAGGAAGAGGAAGAGCCGGAAGAACAGCUCUUUGAAGAAGAGGACGAAGAAGAGCCUUCAGACAUAGAAGAAGAGGAAGAAGAAGAUGGCUUAUCUAAACACACUCAGCCAAAUGGCAACAAUGGAAAGCAUACCAGUACUCCGAAAGAAAAACAUGAAGAAGACGAAGAAGAGGAUGAUGAAGAAGAAGCGAUCAGUAAAGCAGAGCGCGAAUUAUUACAAAAAGAAAUCCCUAAAAUAGUGAGUGUAACGGAAGAAGGAGAUCGUCUGCUGAAUGAAGAAGCACUCAAAGUGAAUGGUGCUAUUGAUGCAAAAGAAGGCAUUCUAGACGAGGAAGGUAAAGUCAAGAUCCUGGCAGAUCUUGCGCCUUCUGAAAAAAAGGAAAGUCCAGCUAUGCGUGAAGAAAGGCUAGGAUUGAUUGAAGUGCGUGUGGUUGAGAACGACGGUCAGCGAGACAGUAUGAUUCUCUUGACUGGACUUAAGAAUAUCUUUCAGAAACAACUGCCCAAAAUGCCUAAAGAAUACAUUGCUCGACUGGUUUAUGACCGCAACCACAAAAGUAUGGCAUUGAUUCGAAAGCCUAUGAAAGUGAUUGGCGGCAUUUGUUAUCGUCCUUUUGAUCCCCAAGAGUUUGCUGAAAUUGUUUUUUGUGCCAUUGCUUCAACAGAGCAAGUAAAAGGUUAUGGUUCUUUUCUAAUGAACCACUUGAAAGAUUACGUCUCUGAUCAUACCAACAUUAAGCAUUACUUGACUUAUGCAGAUAACUACGCUACUGGCUAUUUUAAGAAACAAGGCUUUACAACCGAAAUUACCUUGGAUAAGCGAAAAUGGGUAGGCUACAUUAAGGAUUAUGAGGGAGGAACCAUUAUGCAGUGCACAACAGUGCCCAAAGUCAAAUAUCUUUAUGUGCAUGAUAUUCUACAGAUCCAAAGAAAAGCAGUGUACGAGAAAAUGAAAGAAUACUCUACAUCCCAUAUUGUAUACCCAGGCAUUCAAAUGCCACUUAAUGCUGAAGGAAAACGCUGCAUUGACCCCUUCCUAGUUCCUGGCGUCAAGGAAUCAGGAUGGACACCUGAAAUGGAUGCUUUAUCAAAUAGACCUCGUCAUGCACCACAUUAUAAUCAAAUGCGACAUUUGGUGAGUGAAUUAAGGUCGAAUCCUCAUUCUUGGCCUUUCCUUGAGCCUGUUAAUGCUGAAGAAGUAACUGAUUAUUAUGAUGUGAUUAUGGAUCCUAUGGACUUGACUACAUUAGAACAAAAUGUAGAGACAGAUCUAUAUCAAACAAUGGAUCAGUUUAUUAGAGAUGUACAAAAGAUGUUUGAUAAUUGUCGAGUGUAUAAUGGAGAAGCGACCAACUAUGCUCGCUGUGCUAAUCGACUUGAAAGAUACUUUAAAGAAAGACUUCGUGUAUGGACAAAUGGUGAAGAUACUAGUUAGUUUAUUAAAGAAAACGUCUUGCGACAAGCU